CAAGGUUGAGCCGGUCGGUGGGUCUGCGCCACGUAGAACCGAGCAGAGAUUCUCCAAGCCUACAAACGGCGUAAUGCAUUUAAGCAAACGCUGCUAACGGAAAUGAGCUGUCCGGAGCAAUGAGCCUCCAAGAAAAGAGCCGAGGGACCCUGGAAGCCGUAUCUCAUGGCCUGAACGAGCACAGGGAUGGUAAACUGCUUUCUUUGCUUUCUGCUGCGCCUCCUCUCGUCAUUAAUGCAUCUCUCUUCUCAUGAUGUGCCAUUUGCUCAUAGGAUCCGUAAGGAACCAUUUAGGAACCGCCACCACCGGGACGCGACGGGAUGACAGGCGAGGCAGGCUGGACUUCAGGGAUGUGCUCCUGUGUUGAAAGGCACAAAAAGCGAGAUAGAUGAGCUGAACGUCCAGACAAACAAGUGCCAACUCAGACGCACCUGCAGCAGUUCGAAGCUUUAUGACGUCGUGGUCACCAGCUUUACUGACUGAGGAUGACCAUUGAAUAACUUUGCGAUGCAGUUUUUCUUCGCUGUCGCUUUCGUUCACUCUCAAUUUUCUGGAUUUCGGCGCUACGAAAAAAUCUUUGAUCCAGCAUGAUAGUUCUGUCGACGUUUCGCUGGCCUGCAAAGGCCAAUGCUAGCGAUUGUCCAAAUGCUGAAGCGUAGGUGAAGAAGCUUUCAUUACCUCAUAUCCUUGCUUGUCUACUUUGUCACUGAGUUCCAAGAGAACUAUGAUAAGGUUCUCGUAUCCUAUAGCUAGUUUGAGGCAUUGUCAAUUGCAAUGUCGUUUGUUUGAAGCUUUCGAGCUAAUGCGACGAGCUCGUUCAGAUGGGCAGUGGCCGUCGUCUGUCCUACAGUGGCAGAGAAUGGUGCAGGAGCACGGGACGCAUUUCACUUGUAUGCAGAGAGCGGAGUCCAGAGUCUCUGCAGCGUUUCUCGUCUCCUCCAAUCUCAGCCACAACCCCAGACAGUACUACUAAUGACAAUGAGCCGCUGUGUAGGGAAAUUGAUGCUUGGAUCGAACCACCGCUCAAAGCACCCACGCCAAGUUCUCAAGAUGAUGUACACGAACGAGCAGAUCAAUACAUAUUCCAGUACAUGGCCCCAUUAGGACACAUGCCGCCUAUCCGUCUACUUCGAGAGCUUAAGGAUCAAGAGCUUGCGUAACUUACUUUAUUUGCCCAAAAAAACGCAAGCAGAAGAGAGUUCAAAUAGUGCCUCCUACCACUAAAGAGCGCUGCUCACCAGUCAAUGCUCCCCGAUAGCAAAAAUCAGCCGCUUUUGCUCACUGUCGCCCGAAAGACUCAACCGCGAGCAAUGGUCAACGAAGAUUGAGCCGGUCGACCAAUCCCGACCAGAAACAGCGCGUACAAGACGCCAAAGGUAGAAAAAGACAAGCCAUCCGCAGAGGCUAACACAUCCGUGAAGUUAUGGAUGUCUAGAUAUUCUCGCGACUUGGUAUUGAAACCACACAAAGAGGGCAAGAAUGCGCGUGAUAAUUAAGGAAUGCGAGGGAAGGGGUAACUAUUGAUUUUGUCGAGUAUUGGAGUUGUGGUGGUUGGCUGAGAUGAGCUCGUAGGCUAGCAAGAGGGAGAUAUGCGUUCGGCUCCAAUCAGGUGGCGGUGUGUUGAGGAUCCCUUAGGGGAGCCUCGUGCAGGCCUGAAAGACUCGACGGCGACUUAAAUCAUAAAGUUAACACAGCUUACAAAACUUUCAACCUACUUAGAAGUUAGCUUACGAAGUUUCUUCGCUUCAGCACUUUCAAUUCUCAAAAGGAAAGGCAAUUUUGAAUUGUUGGUCUAUGGAUGAAGUCGAAACGGCUAGGGAAGAGAUAACCAAGGAAUUGCCUACCGUUACAUUGGACUUAUAGCAUGAUCUCUUUUUCCAGAAGCAUUACUUCAAAACCUCAAAUCGAAUCGUCAUGAUGUAUGCAGCCCAGCUCCCAGAAUUAGUCCC